AUGGAACAAGGCCUGAUUGACGAUGUCUUGAAGGAUGUGAAGGACCGCGGUAUUGAAACCAUAUUGGCACUCCGUGGAGAUCCUCCUAGAGGCGAAGAAGAAUGGAUACCCUCUGAUCCACGAUUUACCCAUGCAAUCGACCUUGUCAAGUAUAUUCGAGGAUCCCAGGAAUACUCUUCUCAUUUCUGCAUCGGUGUUGCUGCAUACCCAGAUGGACAUACCGAAAGCACUUGCAGCGAAGACGAAGAGCUAGAGCAUUUGAAGGCAAAAGUGGAUGCGGGGGCCGAUUUCAUUGUCACGCAACUAUUCUACGAUGUCGACCGUUUCCUCCAAUGGCUAAAGAAGGUCAGAGCCAAGGGCAUCACGGUCCCAAUCAUACCCGGCAUAAUGCCUAUCCAGACAUAUGCGACAUUUGCUCGAUUGACAAAACUCUGCGGUACCAAGGUUCCAUCGACCUUGGAAGCUGAUCUUUUGCCAAUCAAAAACGAUGACCAGUUGGUGAAGGAUUACGGUGUGAAGUAUGCUGUGAAAACAAUACAUCGACUUCGAAAUGAGGGCGGGAUCCAGGGCUUCCACUUCUGCACUCUCAACCUCGAAAAGAGUGUCCAACGUGUCCUUGAAGAACUGAAGUGGAGAACGGGAGUUGUCCCAGCCGUCCAAAAUAAGCUUAUCGCAGAUUCUCCAGAUGCUCUGAGCCAGAACACCUUGGACUCCAACCUCUUGAUCACCCCGACGUCCGCUACCAAUGUGGCUACAUCCGUCCUAACCACAUCAGUUCUGGGAACUGUGUCUCGAACCUUGCCUGAAGCUGGCCGUGGUGAACUCAACGACGCAGCAACUUGGGAUGACUUCCCAAACGGCCGUUUCGGCGAUUUCAAGAGUCCCGCUUUCGGCAACCAGGAUCCUUGGGGUGGACCGGGAGGCUUGGGUAUCUCCAGAGCUGAAGCCCUCCAACAAUGGGGCUAUCCCAAGACUUUCGACGACCUCACCCGCAUCUUCCUUGCCCAUCUACACUCAGAGAUCCCAAUCACUCCGUUCUCCCCGACCGAGCUGUGUCCUGAAUCCAUAACCAUCCUUCCACACCUUGAGCGUUUGACUAAACGAGGAUGGUGGACUGUCGGGUCUCAACCCGCUGUUGACGGCAUUAGCUCCAGCGAUGAAACCUUUGGCUGGGGCCCUAGAGCUGGUUAUGUCUUCCAGAAAGGUUUUGUCGAGUUCUUCUGCGAUUUUCAUGACGUGGAAGCCAUCGAACAGCGUAUCAAACAGAGAGGUGCUGGUUGGGUGCAUUAUUUCAUGGCAAACAACAACGGAGAGUGUAGGAGCAACGUCCCAGAAGACGGACGGAACGCGGUCACAUGGGGUGUGUUCCCUGGCCAGGAGAUCCAGCAGACAACUAUCAUCGAGAAGGAAUCAUUUUUAACUUGGAAGGACGAGGCAUACGACAUUUGGAACAGCUGGGCGUCCUUGUACCAUCCAGACUCUGCAGAGAGGCAGUUGCUACAGAAGGUAGCAAACGAACGAUGGCUUGUGAGCAUUGUCCACCACGAAUACAAGAAUCCUAACGCGCUGUGGACAUUCUUGUUCGACGAUGAUUCCGGCGAUGUUUGA